GAGCGCUGGAAGUUGGAGCGGAGUCUCUGGGGUAAAUGUCGGAGUGUUUGUGCGGUCGGACUCUCCCCGGUAUUACAUAACCUCAGUCCGGCCGAGCAGCUUCUCCUCCCGGUUCUCCCGGUUGUCCUCCCGGUUCUCCUGGUUGUCCUCCCGGUUCUCCCCGGUUGUCCUCCCGGUUCUCCUCCCGGUUCGCUGCCGGACCAAGGUGCGACAGAGAUGGGUGAGAAGCAGGAGAAAAGCCCCGAAGGAGUGAAGUACUUCCGGCUGUCAGAGAUGAGGCAGAACUCCUUCAAGUCCACCUGGAUCAUCAUCCACAACAAGGUCUAUGACGUCACCAAGUUCCUGGACGAGCAUCCCGGAGGCGAGGAGGUUCUGAGGGAGCAGGCGGGGAGCAACGCCACUGAGAGCUUCGAGGACGUCGGCCAUUCCACCGACGCCAGAGAAAUGGCCGCCAGCCUGGUGAUCGGAGAGCUGCACCCGGACGACCGGCACAAGAUCCACAAGCCUGUGGUGAGUCUGCAGAGCCAGGGGCAUCAUGGGAAAUGAAACGCUGGUUACCACGGCGAAGGAG